CAUUAAUAAAUAAUAUUUUCUCAUUCUUCUAUGGCCUCCUAAGUCCUAACUUGUCAUUCCCUUCCCUGCUUCCUCCUCCCUCUUAAAUCCCACCUAUCAAAGGUACUCACAAAAUCCUCUCCUUGCACAAAUAUAAGAAUCAGAAACUGUCAAUUUGGAGACAUUUCUAUAUGAACCUUAUAUUUGCUCUCCCCAGAGGAUUAAGUACGCAUAGAUGAUGUCCAAAAUUAUCGUGGUUCUUUUCCAUAUCCUUCUCUAUUCAGAAUUGAAGCCUUCAAACGCACAAACUUGGAUCAAAGCAGGUUACUGGUUCUCCGGCUCUGAGUUUCCCAUUUCAGACAUAAACUCAGCUCUCUUUACUCAUCUUAUUUGCGCUUUCGCUGAUGUAAACUCUUCCUCCUACGAACUCUCUGUAUCGUCCACUGAUGAGCAAUACUUCUCUACGUUCACAAACACUGUUCGACAAAAGAAACCAUCAGUCAAUACCCUUCUUUCCAUUGCUGGUGGAAGCGCAAACUAUACUCUCCUUUCAAAUAUGGUCAGCAAGGCUUCUUACAGGAAAUCUUUCAUAGACUCUUCAAUAAAGAUAGCAAGGCUUUAUGGCUUCCAAGGCCUAGACCUUUGUUGGGUUUCGGCAAACACGAGCUCUGACAUGAGCAAUAUGGGAUUACUCUUUCAAGAAUGGCGAGCUGCUGUGAAUUCUGAGGCAAAAAACUCUAGCAAGAAAGAAUUGAUUUUGACUGCUGCUGUUCAAUACUCGCCAGAUUUAGAUACAGUUUCUUUCCCUGUGGACUCAAUUCGGACUAACUUGAAUUGGGUGCAUGUUAUGGCUUAUGACUACUAUAUGCCCGAGUGGUCAGAAUAUACAGGUGCUCAUGCAGCCUUAUAUGACCCAUCGAGUCAGGUUAACACGGAUUACGGUAUUGGUGCUUGGAUUGGUAAGGGCUUGUCUGCUAGCAAGUUGGUUUUGGGAUUGUCUUUCUAUGGUUAUGCAUGGACGCUAAAGAACCCCAAAGACAACGCAAUAGGUGCACCAGCAACGGGUCCAGCCAUUUCAGCUGAUGGCGGAGCCAUGAGUUAUAAGGAAAUCAAGAAUUAUGUUCAGAGAUACGGGGCUGCUAUAAUGUAUAAUGCUACAUAUGUAGUAAAUUACUGCACAGUCGGAUCGAGUUGGAUUGGUUUUGAUGAUGUUGAAGUUGUCAGAAUUAAGGUUUCUUAUGCCAGGGAGAAGAAGCUACUUGGUUACUUUGUGUGGCAAGUCCCAUAUGAUAACAAUUGGGUACUUUCUUUAGCAACUCAAGAGGAACAAAAUAAUAGACGACCCAAGUGGCGAUUAUUAGUGAUCGUUUUGACUACAACUGCUACCUUUGCUCUCCUACUAUUCCUUUUAGUGUGUUACUUACGGAUGAGAAUGCUCAAAUCUAAAGCUAAAAAAUUGGAGUCCAACGUUAAUUACAUAGCAGCUGCUGGAGAUUCAGAUAGCAAUGUUCCUCAUCUGCAAGUCUUUAGUUUAGCUGACAUUGAGGCAGCAACAGAUAAAUUUUCAUUUGAAAAUAAACUCGGAGAGGGAGGUUAUGGGCCCGUUUUCAAGGGUGUGUUACCAAAUGGAAAAGAAAUAGCAGUGAAAAAACUUUCAAAAACAUCCACCCAAGGAUUUGAGGAGUUCAAGAAUGAGGUUAUGUUUACUGCAAAAUUACAACAUGUAAAUCUUGUGCGAGUUUUGGGAUUCUGCAUUGAAAGGGAUGAACAAAUGCUAAUCUAUGAGUACAUGCCAAAUAAAAGCUUGGACUUCUACCUCUUUGACCCUAUCAGACAAUACCUACUAGAUUGGAAAAAACGCAUUGACAUUAUUGAAGGGAUAACUCAAGGGCUUCUAUAUCUACAAGAAUACUCAAGAAUGACAAUAAUUCACCGAGACUUGAAAGCUAGUAACAUUUUAUUGGAUGAAGAGAUGAAGCCCAAGAUCUCAGACUUUGGCAUGGCUAGAAUUUUUAGGAAAGAUGAACACGAAGCAAACACGGGCCGGAUUGUUGGAACAUAUGGUUAUAUUCCUCCUGAAUACAUCCAAAAAGGUGUAUACUCCACUAAGUCUGAUGUUUAUAGUUUUGGAGUUCUACUUCUACAAAUCAUAAGUGGCAAGAAGACUGCUUGUUAUUAUGGCUUGGAUGAGAAUCUAAACCUCCUAGAGUAUGCAUAUGAGCUAUGGAGAGAAGACAAAGGCAUGGAGUUUAUGGAUCCCACUUUAGAUGAUACAACUUCAUCGUGUAAACUAAUUCGGUGCAUUCAAAUAGCUCUUUUAUGCGUCCAGGAAAACGCAAUUGAUAGGCCAUCAAUGUUGGAAGUUUCCUCAAUGCUAAAAAAUGAAACUACAUUUGUGACAAUUCCCAAAAAGCCUGCUUUUUCAAUGAAAAGAGAUGAAGGUGACAAAGAAAACACCAGAUUGCAGCUAGAAAUUUGUUCAGUUGAUGAUUCAACAAUCUCCCAAGUGGUUGCUCGUUAAAUAUGAAGGCCUUUGUGGAGCAUAUAUAUAUAUAUAUAUAUAUAUAUAUAUAUAUAAAGUUCACUAAUGGGGGAAUGUAUUUGGUGCUCAACUUAACCCAUCCUACCAUGGAAUCAGAUACACUAACAAUAGUCAUUCUAUAUUAUUAAGGCAACGAGCUGUCGUUUUCAAUUUAAUGUAACUUAACAACUGUUCAAUUACAGGCUCUUUGGUUCUCAUCA